AUGGCACCAAAGCAAGCGCCCACCUUCCCUCCAUCCACCAACAAACCAAUUCCAAGCCCACGCUCAACAUGCGCAUGGGGAAUUAAAGUACGACAAGUCCGUGAGAACUCCCCUGUCUCCCCAUCCCUCCUCUUCGCCACGCCAAUCCGCUCCUUCACUACUGCACCGAAGCGGAAACGUUCGUCUCGCGAAGAUGAAGACAACAUCAAAAAUGAGGACAAAGGCGAACAAGCCCACGAACAAAGACGUGUCGCCAAAGUCGCAAAAAGGAAGGAGAUACCAGACACAGCGUACGAUGCCGAUGACGAGGAUGAGUACAACACUGAAGAGAUAUCUCUUCCAAUCAUAAUACCUGAUCCUCACUUCUGGUAUCGGGCUGCGACGGGGCAAAGCCAGUACCAGGAAUAUUGGUACCCCGCAGUACCAUCACAAGAACAGCAAGAGAGCAAGGAAGACGGGUGA